UAUAUACAUUAUUUCUAAAUAUGUUUUAUCGAUAUAAUAAUAUUGAUCAGGUCAACUAAGUUUUGACCAUUUCUCCUUGGAGGCUAGAAUUCGUGGUCUACAUCAUAAAGUAUAAUUUUUUUAUUUUUUUAUGAUUUAUGUGCUAGUAUGUAUGACAUUUUAUCAUUGCAUGAACUACAGAGAUCCUUUUCACUUUUUCCAAUUAUUAUGAAAUACCCCCAGUUGUCACGUUGCGGUGCAAACUUUUAUACUAAAAAAAUAUUGAUUUUACUAUUUACAGAACAUUUUAACUCAUUUGGAAGCAUUUCUGAAAAUGUUUGUGUGUUGCCGUUGUGUGUUACCUUUUCCUGUGAAGGAUAUCUGGGGAAUUUGCUGUAUUUUCACACAGUUGUCUGCAACAAUUUGCAGUCUUUUGAAUUCAAACUGUCAGAAAGUAGGGUACAAAUGAUAUCGUCUUUGUCUUUCUGUUUAUUGUGUCAUGUAUUAGAAGAUUUGGAAUAGAAUGUAUAAACUUAACAUAGAAAAGACAUGUUGUAGAAUUGCUUUGAUUGACCAAUUUUGCAUGUAUUCGAACCCGUUUGAUGUUGUGAGUGAAUACAACUUAUGACUGAACACAGGUACGGAUAGACGAUGGGUAAAAGGAUUCACACGAAUGUCUUAGUCUUGUGAGAGGAACACUGAUGUUUUCAGAGUUUCUGAGACUGUAUGAGAUUUUUGCAGCAACGGUUUAGGCAGAAAAUCUGUUAGAUAGGAAGGGGCCAUGUUAUGAUUAAUUUUGAAGAAAAGACAAAGUUUACGUUUCUUUCUACGCUCAAUUAAGGGUUCCCAACCGGUUUCGUAAAAUAAUGAAUGCCUGGGGGCAUAUUUAGGUAGACCAGUUACAAUGCGUGCAGCUUCUAAUUCUAAUUGUUCUAAUUUCUCACUUGUCUUCGGUGCAACCCUUCCAAACCUCACAUGCGUAUUCAAAGUGUGGUCUUACGAACAUUGUAUAUGUAUUUUAAAUAGUAUUUCUGUGAAGCAGAUGUUUGAGUUUUCGCAUUGAGUAAAUCAUCUCGGAAGUUGUUUUGAUAAUGGUAUCUAUAUGACAAGACCAUUUGCCACUGGCUUCCAGUAUAACCCAUAUUCCGUUAUCAGAUCGAAAUUCUACGAAUUAAUGUUUUAAAAAUUUGUUACAAAAGCACCACCCCACAUCACCUGCGUACUUCGCAUAUGGAAAAAGAAAAUAUAAUAUCUUACACACAAAACUGAGAUACAUGUGCACUCAAUUGAGUUAUGAUUGAUAUAGACUUGGUAUAAAAGAUCACUCAAACUGUACAUGUUCAAAUGUCAUUAUCUCAUGAAAUGUACAUUGUACAAUGUAUCUCUCUCUCUCCCUCUCUCUCUCUCCCUCUCUCUCUCUCCCUCUCUCUCUCUCUCUCUCUCUGACAGCUCUUCAGUGUAACUGACUAUGACAUAAUAUAUAUAUAUAUAUCAUCAUAUGUCUCCUUUAUAGUGUUGUAUGAUGUGAGUGAAUACUAAAUACGGCUAAACAAUGUACGGCUAUGUGAAUACAACAUACGGAUGAACACAGGUACGGUGUGAGUGAAUGCUGAAUACAGCUAAACAAUGGUACGAUGUGAGUGAAUACUGAAUACAGCUGGACACAGGUACGAUGUGAGUGAAUACUGAAUACAGCUGGACACAGGUACGAUGUGGGUGAACACAACAUGCGGCUGAACACAGGUACGGGAUGUGUGGAUACUGAAUACGGCUGAACACAGGUACGGGUGUGUGAAUACUGAAUACAGCUGGACACAGGUAUGGUUUGUGUGAACACAACAUACGACUGAACACCAAGUAUGGGGCGUGUGAAUACUGAAUACGUCCGAACACAGGUAUGAUGUAUGUGAAUACCGAAUAGGGCUGAAUACAGGUACGGUGGCAGUGAAUACUGAAUACAUUUGAACACAGGUACGGGGUGAGUGAAUACUGCUGAACAAAGGUACAGGGUGAGUGAAUACUGAACACUGCAGAACACAGGUACGGUGUAGGUUAACACAACAUGCGGCUGAACACAGGUACGGGAUGUGUGGAUACUGAAUACGGCUGAACACAGGUACGGGGUGUGUGAAUACUGAAUACAGCUGGACACAGGUAUGGUGUGUGUGAACACAACAAACGACUGAACACCAAGUAUGGGGCGUGUGAAAACUGAAUACGUCCGAACACAGGUAUUAUGUAUGUGAAUACUGAAUAGGGCUGAAUACAGGUACGGUGGCAGUGAAUACUGAAUACAUUUGAACACAGGUACGGGGUGAGUGAAUAAUGCUGAACACAGGUACGGUGUGGGUUAACACAACAUGCGGCUGAACACAGGUACGGGGUGUGUGAAUUCUGAAUACGGCUGAACACAGGUACGGGGCUAGUGAAUUCAACAUACAAAACGGGUGUUUUCGCGUAGGAUAAUUAUUAUGGUAUUCUGUUAUAAAGAAGAGUAUCAAUGGAAAACUUUUCACUGUGCUACAGGAUAUGUUAAAAUAAAACCUUUAAUAUUAUAACUUGCGGAAAUAUUGGGUUUCCAUUUGUAUCAAUCUAUUGAAUAAUUUCGUACUAGUUUUUGAUGGUAAACAUGCAUCAAGUAAUGCAAUUUUGCAUGAGUGUGGAAAAUAAUUUGUCUGUUGAUUAUCAUAUAAAAUGUAUUAAAUUUUGGGGUAAGAUUGUUCAUAUGGAUAACCAAAGAGAUCCUUAUCAAUGUAACCAACUAAUGAAAAGACUGGAUGAAAGUGGUAGAACAACGUGGGCUACUCAUGUAAAACAUCUUUUCUAUAUGCAGGAUUUGGUGAUGUAUGGAAAGCACAGUGUGUGUCGGGUGUAAAACAUUUUGUUUCAAUCUUUAAUUAUAAGCAACGAUUAAUAGAUUGUAACUGGCAGACACUUCACGCUUCUAUGUUUGAUUCUGGGAAGCUGCGAUGUUAUUCCAUGUUUUAAACUACUUUUUGUACUGAAUAUUUUAUCACUGCGUUUAGGAGUAGAGAAAUAUGACGAUAUAUAUGCUUAUUACGAUUAAGUGAGUUACCAUUAAGAUGUAAUACAGGAAGACGAGAUGGAUCAGAUUUUUCCUAGAGAAUUUGUAAACAUUGUAAUACUGGUGAAAUAGAUGAUGAACUACAUUUUCUGUUUAGCUGCCCUGCAUUUAAUGAUUUACGAAGUAAUCUAUGUGGUUUUUACAAACUGAAUAUGAAAAUUAACGUAUUUGUAUUAAUUUGAUGAACACAAGACAUAUCAUAUGGUUGAAGUAGCUUGUAACAUUUAUCAAGAAAAGUUUAAAUUCUGAACAAUAAUAUUAUGUAACAUUUGUCUCUUGUCACAAUGUAAAUCUACCAUUUAUAUGUACCUGGGCCUCUGGUCUUAUUGCUGUGAAUAAACCAAUGAAAUGAAACAAACAAUGAGAUAAAUCUUUUACAAGACCCAUGUGUAAAAUGUCAUCAUACGUAUACACUAGUUGAAAUGUGAACGCACUUAUAACAUAUGUUUGCCUCUGAAAAAAAGUAUAUUCAGUAUAGCGACAGGUUGAGGACACGCAUGCACGCCGACUGUGCUGAGUCACAAAGACGUCCAACAAAAGGCCAUCUACUCGCUCACACACAGUGAGUCGUUUCCUGCUUCACUGGUAAAACCCUGUCUAAAUUUAGCUCGCUUUGACUUGUCAACAGAAUAAAUUAAUUGUUGCCUCGUAUUACCUGACACUGUUGUAUGUUCUAAAUUAAAGCCUAUUGAUAAGGCAAUAAUUCAGGAACAGCCUCACACACAACAGUAUCACUGAAGGUGUUUCCAACUACUAGUAUUCAGCUGAUUGCAGUUUGGGCCAUCUGUUGUUAAGCUGUUACUCACCGCCUGUUUCGCGUACACAGUCACCUUGUGUAAUGCUGAGUUACGAACCUUGACUAAUAUAGGUCGACUCGUUUAAGGUGCACGUGGCGUGCUCGUAUAUCGGUAUUGUCACGUACUAGAGCAUAAACAUGUGAAUGUGUUGUUCCGGGCGUGGAUACAGUAUAACUGAUAACUGAUAACGCAAUUGUAAGGCUUAGUCACACCAGGAUAUGCCCUGACCUAGAAGCACAUGCAUACUAGGUUACGGGUGGUAUGUUGAUCAGCGUGAAACACAUGCCAAGCAACAAGGGGAUCAGGCAGUGUGGUGGAAGCAGUUGUGGCUAUCACUAGUCAGGUCAAUGAAGUAACCACUGGCAACAAGCCAUCUACUACAUUGUGUGGGCGUUGUCACUUUGUUUCCACGUGUGUUUAUCCUGCGUGUCGAUUUCUAACCGUCGAGUUAGGAGUGAAGUCUUUGGCACUUCAAUAGAGCAUUUCAAGACACACCUCCAAUCUACAUUGUAUAAUCACCAACGUGAUAUUGCUGGAAUAUUACGGACUGUGUCUGAGGAACAGAAACACUAAUAAUACAAUUUCCAGAGAGUGCAGAAUAAUAAAGACCUUGAACUAUGAAGAGGAAGAAGAACUACCCUAAGAACACGGUCAUACUGUGGUGUGGUAUGAUUAUGGUGGUUGAAGUUGACAGACGUAAGGUUGUGAGGGUGGUGUUCCUUUUCGCCAUUAGGAACCUCAAAAUAGACGACCAAAAUGAAACUGCGAAGGUGUUUAAAUACUGGAAAUAUGAGUUUCCGUUUAUCAGCAUAUAUGUCUUUCCAUCAAUCUCCCUGAGAGGAGACUUUGAUGCCCUUGUGCGUAGAAAUGGUACACUUCUGCAGGACAUUAUGCGAUUUGAGGCAAUGCGUCUGAAGUCCUUCAAUGGAGUGACUGUGGCAGUGUCAUCCCUGCUGUUAGCCAGAGAAGGGUUCUAUGCUACAGGUGAUGGGGACGAGACCAGAUGCUUCUCCUGUGGCAUCAGGUACAAGCACUGGAGACAAAGGGACAGCCCUGCCCAGGUGUGUCAUAAGAGAUGGUGUAGAUCUGGCUAUCACAGAAAUAUUCUUUUUGAAGAAAACCCUUUGCCAACAGAUUCUGAGAUACAGACUCGUAACCAGCUUGACUUCUCUACUGAUUUUGAUGUACAUUCCCCAAACAGAAGACCGGACGCAUCAGAUCGUUCACAUACCAACCGUGCAGUUUGUCAGAACAACAUUGCAUCAAGGCGCGUCAACAAUCUCACGCCUAGACACCGGUACUCGGAUCGCCUUUCAACAUACCGAUCCUGGGAUCGUGAUACCAACAUCGCUUCACCUAGAGACCUUGCCGAAGCCGGAUUCUACUUUUUAGGUAACCUCGACUGUGUCCAAUGUUUCGUGUGUGGGAUUAUCUUGCGGGACUGGCAGCCUGGAGAUGACCCGUGGAUAGAGCACGUGAGACACAGCCCCAGGUGCAAUCACGUAGAGUUUGUGAGAGGACGGCCAUACUUCAUACAGAUCAUGAUCAAUAUCGCUAGCAGGCAAAUUGACGAAGGUCAAAACACCUUUAGCCCAAACCGUCAAACGCAUGAGUUGGUAAAGAUAUUCUGCAGAUGUCUAAAACUUGGCUUCAAUCAACAAGAAGUUAAAAGUGCAGCACGCCGAGUUCUGGAUAUACAAGGAAUAUCGUCACCGUCUUUAGUUCAUCUUAUUGAUGGCUUGUGGAGGGGAAGGGGCUCGAGUGUAAAAAUUCGAAGCAAGGUAAUGUGUCGAAUGUGUCGGAAGGACGUCGUCAAUACCGUAUUUCUGCCUUGUGGUCACAAACUAGCCUGCGACAAAUGUGCCUCUGAAAUGCAUAAUUGCCCCCUUAUCAGCUGCGGAGCAAGGAUUGGGGGCUACUUACGUAUACUUGUGUAGAUGUAUGUUCAUCUUUAUCAAGCGAGAAUGUAUGUUUUUGAGAAGUCGUUAACAAUUACAGCUACAGGUGCUGCAGACUCAAUUUUGAUGUGAGAGUGGGAAUCUGUACAGGUGAAUAUUUGAAAUAUGCUUUCAAAAUUAUACAAAGAUUUCGAGUCAAAGCUUCUCGAGAAUGCUCAAGGCUGGGGUCUCCAAGUAUGAAUUGUUAUUUACUGUGUAAUAUGGUCUUAGCACUGCUUUCUUCAUUCCAGUAAAUUCAUUUCUGCGUGAAUCUUCUAGUGUUGUUACAGAAAAGGUUACCCGUGAAGAUCCGGGUUCGAAUAGGUCUUUAGCAACAAAUGAAUGCCGUAAAAGGCGAGUGGGAGUGGGAGUCUGUACAGGUGAAUAUUUAAUAUAUGUUUUCCUCAGAUAUUUACCGCGACAUGCUAUUGAUUUGGUUGGGGUGGGGACUGAUAGGGCUUGAAGUGGGAGAUGGGAACGUCUUCCCGGGGUGGAGGGGUGCUAGAAUCAUUGAAAUUCCCUUUAAUCACGCGAUGCCUCAAAUGAGAUUAAUCUAAGGAGGUGUUGUGUUCAAAUGCACAUCGGAAUAUGCCGCGAACGAAGCAUAUUAUAUAUAUCAUUGGAGAAUAAUGUUUACUGCUGUCUCCGCAUAUACCUCCAGUUUGUAUCUGGUGUGUUCGCUGCAACUAACCUCUUUUGGCUACACAUGACAUUUCAUACCCAAACUUGUAUACUUUUAUUAACACUCCCUCAUUUCUUUCGUUCAGUGUAUUUCCCGAAUAUAACUGUUUAGUAGCCUCGUUUGGACCAUGUUCUUCCGGGCAAAUUGCUAUAUUCCUCACUUCAGUUCAAUGUACCUACAAUUAUUUGUUUGUAGUUACUAUUGGAAGGUAUACCAAUUCACGAUCACUGAAAACCAUACACUCUCUGUACAUGUAAUGUCAUUGUUAAAAAUAUGUAUGAAACCGCUUCUUUGAGCAUAUAAGGGUAUAUGUAUAGUUUGUAUAUAAUGUAUGAAUUGAUAUUCGUUAAGUCUACCAUUAGUUUCGAAGAGUGACAAACAUUUGUAAUCAUAUAAAAACAACAUAUUUAUAAAAUCAUUAUGCAGAGAAAUCGAAAGUUUCACAAUGCCACAAAAUUACAUAACAUGUUCCUGGCAUGAGUAUGUUACUGUCAGUCGACGAUACUAUAGAUCAUUGAUCUUGGGUCCCAGGAGAUGAUGUCUCUUGAUACUUAUGAUAUGUCUCCUCAAAAUAGAAAUGUCACAACCUUCACUUCGUCUUAUGAAGUCUUCAAUGAAAAAUUAUUUUAGGCUUAUCAGCUGUACAACAUAGUAACUGGUGUUUUUAUGCAAAUCGUACUACCGGUAUGUCCUGCUUGCCCUUAUCGCUAAUAGCUGGUGUCAUCAAUGAUUUUCAGUGAUUCAUUCAUAUAAUUUUCACAUCAACACCCAAUGGAAUCUAUUUCGGCGGAUAAUCGAGACGUUUUAUGUUUAUUAUCUCCUCGCACUCGUCAACACAUAUUUUGCACUGUUCGGGUGUUAUGGUAGUUUUCAUGGCUUCACAAGGUCUAGUCGGCAUAUUAUGUUUCAAGUCAAUGUGGUUCAAGUCUACUGUGGAUUAUAUUAAAUCUGUUUAACUUGGGGCGAUCUUGCAGACAUAUAUGACAAUGGGCAGUUACAUGUUCCGUUAUCAUGACCUGUACAACUUUCUUCCACACAUCGAUGGAUAGAAACCGUUCAGUUUUAAUUGGGGCACAUGUUCUCAUUACAGAUGAUUCAGGAAAAUAUAAAAUGUCAAUGCAAGAAAAUAACCAGUCUUGAUCAUCCGUCGAAACAGAUUCCAUUGUAUGUUCAAUCUGGUGUUAUGGUCUCCGUGAUUAUGAAAUGUACAUAUUUUGUUUCUAUUUUCUAUUCUUUUCUUCAGUAUUUACUAAAGAUCUUUUAGCUAAUAAAUAUAGACAUGAUAUUUUAAA